CAAAUAAUUUCACAUGAAAAAUAAUCAUAAUUCAUUAAUAUUAUAUAUUUAAAUAAUUUUAUAUUAUCUAGUUAUAGUUAUUAUUAAAUUAAAAAUAUUUAUUUAUACCUACUUUUUAAUUAUUUUAUAAAUUUAAAGUAAUUGGCGGGAAGCGCAGAGGCCCCAUUAAAGUUAUUAAAGAUUUAUAUACAAAUAUAUGGAAAAUUAAAAAAGUACUACGCUUAACUUAAUUUUAUGAAGAUAUGGAAACCACCAGAGAAAAUAGAGUAGUGGUUUUGAUAGACAUGGAUUGCUUUUACUGUCAGGUAGAAGAAAAACUUAAUCCAGAAUUAAAAGGUAAACCUAUCGCAGUAGUUCAGUACAAUCCUUGGAAAGGUGGAGGGAUCAUAGCUGUCAACUAUGUGGCUAGAGCAAUGGGCGUAACAAGACACAUGCGAGGUGAUGAGGCCAAAGACAAAUGUCCUGAGAUCCAGCUGCCAUCUGUUCCAUGUCACAGAGGGAAAGCUGAUAUUACUAAAUAUAGAGAUGCUGGUAAAGAAGUAGCCAGGGUGCUUCAAAGGUUCACCCCAUUACUGGAACGAGCAUCUAUUGAUGAGGCUUACCUUGAUAUUACAGCAGCUGUGCAGCAUAGAUUGAAAUCUAUAAACACAAGUGCAAUAAGUGUAGAAGUAAUGCCAAAUACAUUCGCCCUGGGAUAUGAGACACUUGCCGAGUUCAUAUCUGAUGUUUCAAGGUUUGGGGGAGACUGCAUGGAGUUUGAUUGUGAACAUGCAAUGUCAUUGCUGGUUGGAGCUUGGAUUGUGAGCGAGAUAAGGGAGGCAGUGUAUAGAGAAACAGGCUAUCAGUGUUCUGCAGGUAUAGCACACAAUAAAAUUUUAGCUAAACUGGUCUGUGGAAUGAACAAACCCAACAAACAGACUGUGCUGCCCAAACAUUCCAUUAAUUUGUUGUACAAGAGCCUGCCGAUCAAGAAGGUGAAGCAUUUGGGCGGCAAGUUUGGUGAUCACGUGUGUCAAGUGUUGAGCGUGAAGCUCAUGGGGGAGCUGCAGACGUUCACCGAGAGAGAACUGCAGAGCAGACUCGAUGAGAAGAACGGCACGUGGCUAUACAACAUAGCUCGUGGUGUCGACCUGGAGCCGGUGCAGGCCAGGUUCAACCCCAAGAGCAUCGGGUGCUGCAAGCAACUGCGGGGGAAGUCAGCGCUCACUGACCUGAUGAGCUUGAAGAAGUGGCUGAGGGACCUUGGCGAUGAAAUAGAGGACCGCUUGGAGAAGGAUGCCCUGGAGAAUAACAGGAACCCAAAACAGAUGGUCGUUAGUUUUUCAUUGCAACUGAGCGAAGGUCGCGACAGUAGCAGCUCGAGGUCGUACAACUUUGCACCAGACGACGAGCUCUGCGGAGAAAUAUUCGCCGCUAAAGCACUGGAGUUGUUGCUGGACAGUGCUGAGGGAUGCAGGCCUAAAGAUGAAGAAACUAAUCGACGCUUAAAAGCGCCAAUUACUUUUUUGGGUAUUAGUGUGGGUAAAUUUGAAGAUAACGAGAAUAAGAAAACUAAAAAGAUCAAAGAUUUCUUUUCUGCUGGGCCGUCUACAGCUAAAACUGACAUCAGAGAAAAAUCUAAUCACGGAUCCAAAUGUGAUAAUAUUAUUAAAGAUGCUAAAUCUGAAAACAUAAGUGAAGAUGCUAAAUGUGAUAAUGUAAUUAAAAGUUUCGUAGUUAAGAAUGCUCCUGUAGAUGUUUGCAAAGAUGCAGGAAAAGAUUAUGUUAUGCGAAAAUUUUUUCAAGCUACAGAUAAAGAAAAUAAUAGCAGUAAGCAGAGAAGGGUUGUUGAGACGUCUUUAGAUAAACAAGAAUCAUUCUUUGCCAAGUUUUUAAAAAAUGAUUCUACAAAAUCAACAGAAAUUAAAUUGGACAAAAGUUACAAUACUAAGGGUGGAAAUCAGGAAGUUUAUAUUAAAACAGAUAACAAUUUGGAGAGCGGAUUAACGGUACCACGCGGGAUUCCUGAUAAUGACAGUAACGAAACAAAUUCAAACUAUUCAACAUCUACAAUCAAUGCUGAAAUCAAUAAAAGUAUCGCGUUAUUUGAUGAAGAUCCAGAUGAAAUUAACAGGGUUACUGAUAUGAGGAAACUAUUAAAUAGUUCAUCAAUAGUCGAUGCAGAAGCUACAGAAUCAAAUUAUUCUCAUAAUCAGCAAGUAGCUAAUGAAAUCGAAACAAUACAAUGCACUGAAUGUGGCAAAACAAUAUCAAUGCACAUGUUAAAUACACAUGCAGAUUAUCAUCUCGCUCUCAAAUUAAGAGAUGAGGAGAGACAACAUAUGAGGCAAGAGAGAGAAGAACAAAGGAAAGAAAAAUUUUCUGAACAUGUAGAGGCGAAAGUUAGUAGACAAGAAAAAGGUGAAAGCAAUAAGUCUAUAGCCAGUUUUUUUGUAAAACUUGAUGAUAGUGUUCCAAGUGAAUCUUGUAAGCAAUGUGGGAAGAGAGUGCCAUUGUACGAUCUUUCAGAACAUUUAGAUUUUCAUGAAGCACAGAAGUUGAAUAGGGAACUCAAUCGAAGUGUACUACAAGCGAACAAUAGUGUUACAAACAGUGUUAAAAGGAAAAGAAAGUCUACAUCACCUGUUAAAAAAGUAAAAGUGCCUUGUAAAUCAAUUGAUUCAUUUUUUAGGUAGCUAAGUAUGUGAUGCCAAGUAUGUGCCGCAAUGAUCUUGUUGACUAUGUGAACUUUGUUUUAUGCACAAAUUUAUUCUAAAUGGAGCCCCCAUGAGCCAGGGAUGCUGUUGGUACAGCAGAUUGAACUUUGCUUGUUACUGCCACAAAAAAGCUAUCAAUCACAACAAAUUGUUCACACACAAAUCACACCAAAAUAUUCAAAAUGGUUUUUGAUAUUAAAUUUGUUAUAAAAAAUGCAAGAGAAUUUAAAAUAAUAUUUGUCCACCAUCGAGAGUUAAUAUAAUGUUUAUGUAUAGUUAUAAUUUAUACUUAUAGAACAGAGAGAAAGAGAAGAUGCAGUGCAAUUUAAAAUAAAAAUUAUGGAUAACUUUAUGGUUUAGUCUUAUUGAAAAAAUACAUAAUAACUUAAACUAGUCAGUCUGUCCAUAAUUUAUUCGCCAGAACAGAGAUGACAGCAAAACUCCAUUUGUAUAUCCGGACCUGCGCUUCGUAGAGCGCUGGAAUGUGGGCCGGCUUUAAGUAUUGCCGUACUAUCUUUAUGACGCCCAGCUUUUUGGAAGCCAAUCUUCCAGAUGACCCCGGAAUUGGCAAUCGCUCGAGAUCUCGACACCCAGUAUUCCGAUACUAGGAGAGGCUAGGGAAGUGUUGUCGAAAAGCCGUGACUAAAAGUUUUGCGUAACUUAAAAAAACAUGUUAUAACCAAAA